GAGGAAAACGCUCAGAUUGGAAAGGAUAAGAAGAUGAGGUGGAUUUUAUGGGCAUUAUUUAUUCUUCUUUUGCCAUCAGUCAUUCUUGCACAGAGCGGAAAUGACGUAAUAGAUGCGGGUCUUGAAGCCGGUGCCGAAAUAGCUCAGGCAAUUAGCGAAAAGAACUUUACAGGCACUAUGGAAAAGCUCAAAACAAAAACCAAUCCAUUUUUAAAAAUGAUUGGCCCUUUGAUCAAAGGUGUAUCCAGUCUACUUGGUCUUCAAAUAGAAUCUACAGAACUGAAAUUUAUGCGGAACAUGUUGUCCAAAAUAGAAAAUCGAUUUGAUCAAGUUGACCAAAGACUGGAGGAAAUCGCUCGAAAGAUCGACUGGAAUCGAGUAAAUAUCCAGUUCUUUACUUUCGAAAAGAAAAUAUUGGCGAUGAAAAUGGAGCUAGACAAAUUUUUCAAUGCAAGUAGUGACAGUGAGUUUUCGAGCAUAUCAGACACUUUUCUUAAAAUGUAUGAAUGUGUGUACGAAAACAGCGCCCAGAUGUUGUACAGACAUAUAGUAUCCCAUGAAUCAACUUUCUCAAGUAACAUUUUGACGGAGGCAAUGCGGGCGAACGAAUACAAUCGACGUGAUGUACAGGCGUUCCUGUUAGGGUUAAGUAAGCUAGUAAUUGUAGGAGCCGAGAUCGAGAUUGCAUACUACAGUCAAAAGCUUCCUACGUACCUCGAUGCACAUGAAAAUAAGUGGAUAACUCAAAUAAAUAACAUGAGAGAAGCAAUGGAAAAAUUAGAUAUUGUGAUCGAGACAAACUUCAUGGAAGUCGCUACAGAAGAUGCAAAAAAGAUUCUUGCACACAGCCGAGGCAAAUCGAAUGUAAUUGUGGCAAACGAGAUUUUUGGAAAAUUAAUGGAUAAAUUCUACUGGCGCUACUGGUUUGUUGCAGUCUAUGGCGAUAUUAAAGAACACCACGUCUGGCUGUGCAACGAAACUGCAACCUCGAUCUUCCACUUUAGCGGAUUUAACUUGUUGUUGGCGAGUACUCCUGAGGAUACCACGUCUUUGGAUAUCACUGCCGCCCAAAGUGCCCUGAGACAGGCCCAAACCCAAAAGAAGGGGUGGUGGUUUGCCAAGAAAACCAUGAACGCCCGAGAGGUUUCCGACAGCGUCAAGAUCGAUAAAACUUGUAGCAAGUACUCCGGGUUAGCUGUAGUGAGGCUCACAACCAAUGUUGCCACGAAGUUCUCCAAGAAAGACUAUUUAGUGAAAGAACAGAAAAACCCGUACGGCUUGUUUCUUUUCCGCUAGUUGAGUUUUGCUAAAAUGUGAUUCCUGCGAUUAAAUAUUUGUUGCUUCAAUUAUAAUGUUACAACAGUUACUGUAAAAAAAAAAACAAA